UGUGUGUGUGUGUGGAGUCAGUAGAAGAAGAAUGCGCGACGUGGUAGCAUGAUGGCGAGGACGACCACGGCGUGCUUCAUCACGCUGUCACCAACUUCUUCUCCCCGCACGGUCACUUUCACCAGGAGGAUGCUGCCGCACGGACGCUUCUAGAAGGACCACCAUGUUCGGACGCGGUUCUGCAGGUCUGGAGUUGCUGCUGGUGCUGUGCGGUCUGGACGUGUCGCUGCCGUGUCCUCACCACUGCAUCUGCUACACGUCCCCCAGCACCGUGUCCUGCCAGGCCCACAACUUCCACGCCGUGCCCGAGGGCAUCCCGGCCCUGUCGGAGCGCGUCUUCCUGCAGAACAACAAGAUCCAGCGGCUGCUGCGCGGUCACUUCACGCCCGCUACGGCCAUGCUGUGGCUCUACUCCAACAACAUCUCCUACAUCCAGCCGUCCACCUUCCACGGCUUCCACCGUCUGGAGGAGCUGGACCUGGGGGACAACAGCCACCUGGGGGCCAUCGACGCCGACACCUUCCGGGGCCUGGGCCGCCUCAGCGCCCUGCACCUGUACCGCUGCGGCCUGCUCAGCCUGCCCUUCGCCAUCUUUGCGGGCCUGCACAACCUCCAGUAUCUCUACCUGCAGGAGAACCAUCUGGAGUUCCUGGAGGACGACCUGUUCAUCGACCUCCUCAACCUCAGCCACCUCUUCCUGCACGGCAACAAGCUGUGGAGUCUGCACCAGAACACCUUCCGGGGUCUGGGCGCCCUGGACCGCCUGCUCCUGCACCAGAACCGCAUCCAGUGGGUGGACCGCCAGGCCUUCCACGACCUGCGGCGCCUGACCACCCUCUACCUCUUCAACAACUCCCUGACCCAGUUACCCGGCGCCACCCUGGCCCUGGCGCCGGCCCUGGAGUACCUGCGCCUCAACGACAACCCCUGGGACUGCGGCUGCGGGGCCUUGGCGCUGUGGGACUGGCUGCGGGGCUUCCGGGGCUCCACCUCCUCGCUGGCGUGCGCCUCGCCGCCGGAGAUGGCGGGCAAAGACCUGAAGGCGCUGACCAAGGAGGAGCUGCCCGCCUGCUCGCCGGGGGAGGCGGAGCCCGGCGAGUCUUUGAACCACCUCAACCGGCAGCGGAGUCGCCACAACCAGCGCCUGCGACCGUACCUGCCCCACGGCGACCAACACCACCCGCCCUCCGCCCCGCCUCCCAAGGGGGGCCGCAGGAACUGCACCCGGCGGGGGCGCAAGGCCAAAGGGGGGCAGAAUCAGGUGCAGGUGCUCCGCCAGGGGGGGAACAAGAACAAGUGCGUGGCCAGGACUUCAGUGGGGCCCCCGAGCGGGGUCCAGCGAGCCACCAACACCGCCGAGACCCCCACCGCCCGGACCCUUCUAUGCUUAGCGUUAGCAUCGCUGCUAACACUGCACUGACCCGCUUGGACUCUCCAGGGAGCCAACAAGUACUGCGGGGGGAACCUUUUCAGAGCCCCCCCCAAAAUGUACACAAUAGUCCAGUCACGGUCCAAAGGUCCACCC